AUGCGGUUCAGAUUCUGUGGGGAUUUGGAUUGCCCGGAUUGGGUUCUUGCAGAAAUUAGCACAUUAGCAAAAUUGUCCAGUGUCAAGAUGAAACUACUGUGUGCACAAGUCUUGAAGGAUUUGCUUGGUGAAGGCAUUGAUUAUGACAAGGUGACAAAACUCACGUCUGAUGCAAAGUUUGAAAGUGGAGACAUCAAAGCCAGCGUGGCAGUUCUGGGCUUCAUCCUCUCCAAUGCAGCCAAGCACGACGUGGACUGCGAGUCUCUGUCCAGUGAGUUGCAGCAGCUCGGUCUUCCUAAAGAGCACACGACAGCUCUGUGUAAAUCAUACGAAGACAAACACUCAGCGCUCCGGGAGAAAUUAAAGGAGAUGAGUCUGAGAUUGGGCCGUCUGGAGGCCGUGUCGUGGAGAGUGGACUACACCCUGAGCUCCAGUGAACUGCGAGACGUGAACGAGCCGAGCGUUCAGCUGAAAGUGCAGGUGAAAGGAGCAGAGUCCGGAGCCUCGGAGACCACUGUGGUGUCGGUGUCUGCGGACAAGUUCAGAGUUCUGCUCUGCGAACUGAAACAAGCCCAGAGUCUGAUGAAUUCUCUUCAAUGA